AUGGUGUGGUCUGUAGCCUGGGCAGGUUUGAUGGUUCUUCUGACGAUCCAGUGGGGCUCUGCGGCAAAACUGGUCUGCUACUUCACUAACUGGGCCCAGUACAGACAGGGAGCUGCUCGCUUCUUGCCCAAGGAUGUGGACCCCAAUCUGUGCACCCACCUCAUAUAUGCCUUUGCUGGCAUGAACAAUCACCAGCUCAGCUCCAUAGCGUGGAAUGAUGAGACACUCUACAAGGAAUUCAACAGUUUGAAGAAGAUGUUCAUGGAUAUGGUGGCUAUAGCCAAUAACCGACAGACCUUGGUCAACUCAGCCAUCAGGUUUCUGUGCUAAUAUGGCGUUGAUGGUCUCGACCUUGACUGGAAGUACACAGGAAGCCGGGGGAGCCCUCCAUCAGAUAAGCAGUGCUUCAUAGCCCUGGUGCAGGACCUGGCCAAUGCCUUUCAGCAGGAAGCCCAGGCCUCAGGGAAGGCACACCUCCUGCUGAGCACAGCUGUCCCAGCAGGACCACACUGCACAAAAGCUGGAUACGAGGGGGACAAAAUUACUCUGAACCUGGAGUUCCUCAGCUUCAUGGCCUAUGACUUCCACGGCUCUUUGGAGAAGAACACAGGGCAUAACCACCCCCACGGGAGACAGGGAGAGAGCGGGGCUGUGGCCGAAUUCAAUGUGGACUCUGCCAUGCAAUGGUGGCUGCAGAAAGGGACCCCUGCCAGCAAACUGAUCCUUGGCAUGCCCACCUAUGGAUGAUCCUUUACCCUGGCCUCUUUGUUGGACACCGGAGUGGGGGCCCAAGCCACGGGGCCUGGAACUCCUGGCCCCUUCACCAAAGAGGGAGGACUCCUGGCUUACUAUGAAGUCUGCUCUUGGAAGGGGGCUGUUGAGCACAGAAUCAAGGACCAGAAGGUACCCUAUGCCUUUCAGAGCAACCAGUGGGUCAGUUUUGAUGAUGUGGAGAGCUUCAAAAUCAAGGUCAGCUAUCUGAAGCAGACGGGACUGGGUGGGGUCAUGGUUUGGACACUGAACAUGGACGACUUUGCUCGUUUCUUCUGCAACCAGGGCUGAUACCCCCUCAUCAAGACGCUGCAGCUGGAGCUGAGUCUUCCAUAUAUGUCUUCAGGCCUCCCAGAGCCUGAAGCUCCUGCACCAGGCCAGCCCUCUGAACUUGAGUAUGGCUCCAGCCUCGGACAAGAAACCUUCUGCCAGGGCAAAGCUGACGGGCUCUACCCCAACUCUCUGGACUGGUCCAGCUACUACAGUUGUACAGGGGGGUGGUUGUUCCAGCAAAGCUGCCCGAGGAGCCUGGUGUUCAGCUCCUCUUGCAAAUGCUGCACCUGGAGUUGA